UUCAGCUGCAGUAUCUACUCUGCAUUCUUGAACUUAAACAUGGACGGCAACUAUUACAACCCAAACAUGGCCAGCAACUAUUACAACCCAAACAUGGCCAGCAACUUAGGAUUUGGCAUGACAAAUAAUGAACUGAGGAUAGUGAUGGUGGGGAAGACUGGAAUUGGGAAGAGUGCCACUGGAAACACCAUCCUGGGACGACAGUGCUUUGAAUCAAAGUUCAGUGCUAAGUCUAUGACUGUAGAUUGUUCUAAGGGCAAAGGUCUGGUGCAUGGACAACAGGUUGCUGUUAUCGACACCCCGGGCCUGUUUGACACCAGGUUUGGCAUGGAUAAAACAACUAUGGACAUAACCCAGUGCAUCACUUAUGCUGCUCCUGGACCCCAUGUCUUCCUGGUGGUCAUCAGGCUGGGAAGAUACACUGAAGAGGAAAAGCAGACGGUGCAGAAGAUUCAAGAAAUCUUUGGUGAUGCUGCAGACAGAUACAGCAUGGUGCUCUUUACUGGUGGUGAUCUUCUUGAAGAUACCACUAUUGAGGAGUUCUUGCAUGGAAGUUCAGACCUGCAGGAACUCGUAGCCAGAUGUAACAACCAGUACCAUGUCUUCAAUAAUAAACUGAAGGAUGGUGCUCAGGUCAUCGAGCUGCUCCAGAAAAUCAGAAAUAUAGUCCAGAAGAACGGAGGAAGCCACUACACCAACGAGAUGUUCCAAGAGGCCGAGAGGGCGAUCGAAAAGGAGAAGCAACGCAUCCUCAAAGAGAAGGAAGAACAAAUACGCAGAGAACAAGAGGAACUGGAGAGGAAACUACAGGAAAAAUAUGAAAAACAGCUGAGGAAAAUGAAUGCCCAACUCCAGGCUGACAGAGAGAGGGAGAAGAAAGAGAGAGAGGAGGAGAGGAAGAGGGAGAAGGAGGAGAUGAAUGAGGAGAGGAAGAGGGAGAGGGAGGAGAGAGAGGCAGAGAGAAAGAGAGAGAGAGAAGAGAAAGAAAGGGAGAUGAAACAACUAAAGGAACAGCAUGAAAGAAAUGUAAUAGAGGAAAGGAAAAAGUUGCAGAACAGGCAUGAGAAUGAGGCCAGAGAGGAAGCUGAGGAGUUUAAUCCACUAUAUCCUCUGGUAAAAGCUGGUGAACUUGUGGUCGAUGCUGGCAAAAAGAUAGUUGGAGGAUUUAAACAAUUGGGCAAGGCAAUUGGGCGCUUGUUCUCAUGAGUGGUCCCAUAUUCAGAUAGUUUAUCUAGAGAGGAACUCUCCAGAAGCCCCUACACACUCAUUUAUCUAAAUGAAUGAUUAAGCUCAUUAUAUUUGUUGAGGUUGAGCUCUACUGUAGAUUAGUAAGGCUGAGUCUCUCAUCAUAUCAUGGUUCUCACCUCUUCUUUCUCUCUUCACAUUUAUUUUUGAAAAUCGCCUUAAGAAAUAUUUAGUGUAGGUUAACAUUUGACAGUAUUAAAUGCUGUCAUAAGUAUGUCUUUAUAGUUAUAUUCUCAUUUAACCACUGCAGUUGUCAAUUUGUGUUCUGCUGAGAUAGAAAAAAGUUCUCACACUCCUCUGAUGAAUGAUUACUUUUGAUGUGGUGUCACCUAGUGGGUGUAGAAUUAAUAUUUCAAUCAGAAAAUAUUAAUUUCUUCUCUGUGGUCACUCUGGUUUACUUAUUAGUAUUAUAACUUGUCUUUGAUUUAGUUUUAGUUUUGUUUGUCAUCAAAGCAUUUAUUUCAUGGAUUAUGUUUCUGAUUUAUGCCACUCAAGAACAAAGAUGUGAUUCUGUGUCAACUGACCCAGAAAUAAAGAUGUGAUAUUAAGACUAAACCUAAUAAAAAGGCUGAAUUUC